UUUAUUUUCUUCAUGAAUAAAAACGUUUAUAACCUAAGAGGAUAAUUCAAUAAUUACAUAUAUUCAUCUUUGAAAAUUGAAUUAUAACAUUAAUAUUUUUUUAAAUUUUAUUUCAAUCUCAAAGAUGAAUCUCAAGACAUCUAAUAUUAUCCUCUUAAUCUCCAUUAUUUUUUUCUCAACAACCACCUCAAUUUUUGCCUUUAACAUUACUUAUUUCCUAGACCAACAUCCACAAUUUAGCACCUUCAAUGAACUCCUCACCAAAACCGGUGUGGCUGCCGGAAUCAACAAACAAGGCACGGUCACCGUCCUCGUUGUCGACAACUCGGCCAUGGGACCCCUCACAAGCGUACCACAAACAACCCUAGGGUACAUACUUGCCACCCACGUCAUCCUUGACUAUUAUGAUAGCAUAAAAUUAGGUAACUUGGAUGGCAAGUCAGUCAAAGCUACCAACCUCUUCCAACAAACAGGAAAAACCAACGGAGGGCAAGGACUCCUAAACAUUUCCAAGUCCGGCGGGGAUAUCGUCUUCGGCUCAACGGCCAAGGGGGCCCCACAAGACUCCAAGAUGGUGAAAGUGUUAGCUUCUCAGCCUUUCCACAUUUCCGUGAUUCAAAUUAGUAAGCCUAUUGUUACUCCUGGCCUUGAACAAGGACCUCCCACCGCGCCGUCUAGUAGCCCUAAAGCCUCCCCUCCUACUCCUACGGCCGCCCCACCACCUAAGUCGGUGGAGGCCCCCGCCCCUGGCCCCUCUGAUGAUGAUGAUGGUUGUUCCGCAGAUAGUCCAAGGGCCGAUAGUGAAGGCCCUUCUCCGGCUCCGGCUAGUGGGCCGGCCCCGGGACCGGCCCCACAAGCGGACGAUGCCGAUAAGGAGGCGCCUGCUAAGUCGGUCCCACACAAGAAUGGUGGUGCAAGGUUGAGUGUUGCUGGGGGUGUGGUUGCUGCUGUUAUGGGUUUGGUAGCAUUGGCACACUACUUAUAACUUAACUAGCAAGUUAAUGUAUAUUUAAGUUUAAUUUGAAUGUUCUUGCAUGUGCUUUGAUUUUCUAUUUGGGGUUUUAUGUUCAAAGGAGUCAUGGGGUAAUUAAGAAAAAUGGAAGAUAUAUAGAAAGAGUAUUCAAUUCUUUGGUAUAUGUCGUUGCAUUUUGUUAGGAUAUCUUGGUGAAUUAAAAUUUUAGCCCAUUUUUUUUGUACGACAUAUGUGUCAGGUCACUUAUAUUGGUUAUCAGUUAAAAAGCUAAGUACUUCUACAUUUUGAACAUAUUGUACUAGGAAAGUGGUGGAAUGAUAUAAAUUAAAUAUAAAUGAAAUUUAAUAUAUA